AUGCUCAGUGUUGCCGGUGUUCUUAUCGCGCUUCUGUUGAUUGUACCGCGAGUCGCCACAUUCCGCGACCAAUCAGACGCCGUCAAGGGCAUCCUAAUGUGCGGCGAUCAGCCAGCAGCGAAUGUUCGCGUCAAACUCUGGGAUGAGGAUUCAGGUCCCGAUCCAGACGACCUUCUUGAUCAAGGCUAUUCAGCGAUGAAUGGAUCGUUCUUCUUAACAGGAUGGACCACCGAAACAACCCCCAUUGAUCCAGUUUUCAAAAUUUAUCACGACUGCAACGAUGAAAUUUUGCCUACACAUCGUAAAGUCAAAUUCACAAUACCUGAUAAAUAUAUCACUUCUGGAAGGUUUCCAAACGUCACAAUGGAUGCGGGUGUCAUUCAGUUGGAAUUCGAGUAUAUGAAAGAGGAGCGGGUUCUUCUAAUCGAUUGA